UGGCACUAAGUCACCGUACAGUUUCGGGUCCAUUCGCCCGUCUCUUGAGAAGUGAAGCGACGCUCGAAAUUAAACAUAUCUGUGGUUCAGACCUUACCUUCCGUCCCAACCACAGUGCAGCAGACGAGACACCCUCAACACGGUGUCUCCAGCAACAGUCUCUAAAGGGAAAUCCAAAAACUAGCUUGAACAUAGGAGGAUUAUGGCGAGGAUAUUAUUUUGCGGUCAUGCUAGGCACUUCGUUUAAAAACGGCGUGCUGAUGGAUUCCGGAUUUGAAGUUCUCGUCCGUUUUGCCGUGGGGAAGCGUUAGCGGCAGAAAAGAAGGAACUUUGCGCGAGGCCCCAGUACGACUUCGUUUGAGCGGGGCGGAAAAACUGCACAAUUGAUCUGACACUGCUCAAGACUCUGGCCGUGCGUUUUUUUUGAUUGGAAAAAAAACUAAAACAAAUCUGAAGUGAACAUUCUCGAGCGAAUCACCGGGGAAUGUGUGGUUUGGGAGUCUUUUCGAAUAAAGGAAAUUACAUUUCGCCGCUAAUAUUCCAGUCGCUUUAUUUUUGACAAUGGAGAGCAAAUGAGAGUGGUAUUUUUCGCUGGAUUAAGCUGCACACCAAACAGUCGCACGCGGCGCCAGCAGACGGGCGGAGCGGGCAGACGGGCGGUGUUUAUCGUCGGAUUUGUUUCCGAGGCGAUCGCGCGUGGGCGCGGGACGGAAGGAGAGAAUGCGGGACAGAGAGCUACAGAACGCGUGCAAAUGGGGUCUACUGCUCGCCCUCUGCCUGGCGUCGCUAUGGGGACGGCUGACCCUGGCCGCGUCGCACAGAAGCCACAUAGUGCACGUGAAAGCGGGGACCUGUGAGGUCAUCGCGGCCCAUCGCUGCUGCAACAAGAACAAGAUCGAGGAGCGGUCCCAGACCGUCAAGUGCUCCUGCUUCCCCGGCCAGGUCGCCGGGACAACGAGAGCCGCCCCAUCCUGCGUGGACGCCUCCAUAGUAGCGCAGAAGUGGUGGUGCCAGAUGCAGCCCUGCAUGGACGGGGAGGAGUGCAAGGUUCUGCCCGACCUGAAGGGCUGGAGCUGCAGCACGGGCAACAAAGUCAAGACCACCAAGGUCACGCGAUAGUCCGGCUUUCCUUCAGGAGGCGUGGCCGGGGUGGGAACUCUCGUUUUGUGCACGGCUGCCAUUGGAGGAGUGACUCUGCGCUCAUUUUGCUUGCGGUGGACAUGUUUGUUUGGGGGGAGGGCAGGGGGAGGGGAGGGGAGGGGGGGUGGCCUGCCGGACCAAGACUUGCAAAAAAAUAAAAAUAAAAAAAUAAAAAAAAGACUCAAAAGACUGAUACCCAGUUAUAUGGGAGCGGGAACUUGGACCUGUAAACAUACAUAUGAACUUGAGGACUCCCAGUCAAAUUAAAGUACUCUGUGUUUAUCGCACUGCUCUCUCUCCCCCCCCGCCCCUCCUCGUACCUGACCCCCCCAUUGAUAUCACACAGUGUGCUGGGACAUCCUGCUUUUAAGGUGGCCCUUCAGUCCGUGACAAACCCUGGGUUUAUAAAAGAGAACAGCAGAAGAGAAAGAGCACACACCUCAUAGCAUUUAAAAAAAAACUUAUUUAUUUUUUACUAACGCCUAGUGCAGUGGGUUCAUGUGUAUUGAUUUCCUUCAUCUAACCCGUAAAUGCUUACAGUGCAUCCAUUUUCUAUUAUCUGAAAGCAGCCAUUUUGUUUUAAUUGGAUUUUUGUCUCUAAAAAAAUAAUGUUUGCUUUCACUUUGGGGAUGAUGUUGGGACUGACAUCUGAUAUUGGUCUUGAUUUUUAUGAAAAGGACUAAUCUUUUCAGGUGAAAUGCCUAAAAAAAUAAUUACAUUGUAAAAGUUGUGGUACGAAUAUGUUGAAACUUAGUGUAAAGAGAUUUUUCAUUGACUCAAUCAGAAUGAAAACUGGAGGUACUGCAGUUUUAAUAUCUGUUUCUAAAACCUCAGUAACCACUUUUGAGUAAAUGUGUGAGUAUUGUCGCAAAUAAAGUUAUUUCAAAAGAAA